UACUUUCCACUCAAUUAUUGAUGGCAUUGAGUCCUUAUCGGAGCAAAGAAAGCUUCUUACUCCAUUCCUAUUCUUCCUAACGACCUCCUGUGUCUUUCAUUUCCACUUCGCAUCUGCUUACCUUCAUCUUCCUCUCAAUUCCUUCACUUCCUCUGCAGAGAAACAGACAUGGCCCUGGAGUUAGUUGGAGGAGCUUUUCUCUCCGCUUCUCUCCAAGUUCUUUUCGACAGGUUGGCUUCUUCCGAGGUCUGGAGCUUCAUCGGGGGACAGAAGGUCAGUAAGGAACUCCUUCUGGAGUUGCGGGAGAAAUUGCGGGUUGUGGAUGAAGUGCUCGACCAUGCUGAGGUGAAGCAAUUUGCAGAUAAAGAAGUCAAAAGGUGGUUGGUGGGCGUUAAGAAUGCUGUGUAUGAUGCGGAAGAUCUACUGGACGAGAUUUCUACGGAAGCUUUGCGACGCAGGAUGGAAGCUGCUGACUCCCAGACCGGCCUAACUGACGCAUUGAACAGCUUUUCCACACGGUUAAUGGCCCCACUUGCUGAUCAUCCAAGCAUGGAGUUAAGGGUAAAGAUGAUCAUCCGCAAACUGGAAGUUCAUGCAGAAACAAAAGAUAAGCUUGGGCUGAAACCAGGCGAUGGUGAGAAACUGCCACAGAGAUCACCCUCGACUUCGCUGCAAGAUGACUCUUGUGUGUUCGGCAGGGAUAAAGUUAAAGAGGAGAUGAUUAAAAGGUUGUUGUCUGAUAAUGUAAGCACCAACAGGAUAGAUGUGAUCUCCAUAGUCGGCAUGGGCGGCGCAGGCAAGACCACACUGGCUCAGCUUCUGUAUAACGAUGCCAGAGUGAAGGGACACUUUGCCUUGACAGCAUGGGUUUGUGUUUCGGAGGAGUUUCUUCUUGUUAGGGUAACCAAAUUAAUUCUUGAGGAAAUCGAAUGUGCAACCCUUUCUGAUAUGCAAAGCAGCAACCUAAAUUUGCUUCAGAAAAAACUGAAAAAGAGCCUUGCUGACCAGAAAUUUCUACUUGUCCUGGAUGACGUUUGGAAGAAAGGUUGUAGUAGUGAAUGGGAUCAGUUACGAAUUCCGCUCCUAGCUGCUGGGAAAGGAAGCAAGGUUGUUGUGACUACUCGGGAUAGUGAUGUUGCAACAAUCAUGCGUGCUGAUCAUACUCAUCCUCUGGAAGGGUUGUCCCAGGCACAUUGUUGGUCCUUAUUUGAAAAACUUGCAUUUGAAAAUGGAGCCUCGGGCCCAUAUCCUCAUCUUGAAUCAAUAGGCAGAAAGAUUGUGGCUAAAUGCCAAGGAUUGCCUUUAGCGGUCAAAGCACUUGGCCGUCUCUUGUAUCCUAAAACCGACGGAAGGGAAUGGGAACAAAUUCUGGAGAGUGAAAUAUGGGAUUUGCAAGAUCAUGAAAUCAUUCCUUCGUUGAUAUUGAGUUAUCAAGAUCUCCCAUUGCAUCUGAAACGAUGUUUGGCCUAUUGCUCCAUUUUCCCUAAGGAUCAUGUAUUCGACAAGGAGAAUCUGAUUUUACUAUGGAUGGCAGAAGGACUUCUACAAUUUUCAAAAGGCAAUGAAAGAAUGGAAAAGGUAGGUGAGCAGUAUUUUGAUGAACUUGUAUCGAAGUCAUUUUUUCAGAAAUAUGCUUUGGAAGAAUCAUACUUUGUCAUGCAUGAUCUCAUACAUGACUUGGCUCAAUAUAUAUCUAGCGAAUUUUGUAUUCGAUUUGAGGAUGAUAAGGUGCAAGAAAUCUCUGAGAACACUCAUCACUUAUUGGCCGUUAGUAGGAAAUUUGAUAGAUUGGCUGUGUUUAAGAGGUUUGAUCAUGAAAUCAUUCCUUCGAUGAUAUUGAGUUAUCAAUAUCUCCCAUUGCAUCUGAACCGAUGUUUGGCGUAUUGCUCCAUUUUCCCUAAGGAUUAUGUAUUCAAAAAGGAGGAUCUGAUUUUACUAUGGAUGGCAGAAGGACUUAUACAAUCAAAAGGCAAUGAAAGAAUGGAAAAGGUAGGUGAGCAGUAUUUUGAUGAACUUGUAUCGAAGUCAUUUUUUCAGAAAUAUGCUUUGGAAGAAUCAUACUUUGUCAUGCUUGAUCUCAUACAUGACUUGGCUCAAUAUAUAUCUAGCGAAUUUGAGGAUGAUGAGGAGCAAGAAAUCUAUGGGGGCACUUAUUACUCAACGACCGUUAGUAGGAGAUUUGAGGCCCUUGCAAAAAUAAAGUGUCUUCGAACGUACCUUGAGUUAAAUAUAAGGCAAUGUCCGCAAUUUCCUUUGUACAUGCCAACUAAAAGGGUUGAUUUACACGCUAUAUUAUCUAAAUGGAGGUACUUACGAGUGUUGUCAUUACGUUUUUGGAUUCUUACUGAUUUGCCCGAUUCAAUAGGCGAAUUAAAAUAUUUGCGUUAUUUGGAUAUCUCAUAUUCUAGGAUUAAAAAGUUGUCUGAUUCAGUGUGUUCUUUGUAUCAUUUACAAACGAUGAUACUAUCAGGAGAUAACUGUUGCAUUGAAUUACCUUCAAGGAUGGAUAAAUUGAUUAAUUUGCGUUAUCUUGAUAUAAGUGGAUGGAGAGAAACGCCAAGUCACAUUAGUCAAUUAAAAAAUUUACGGAAGUUGAGUAAUUUUAUUGUGGGCAAAAAUGGUGGAUCAACAAUUGGUGAAUUAGGAGAGCUUUCACAUAUUGGGGGAAGACUUGAAAUUUCAGAAAUUCAGAAUGUGGAGUGUGCUGGGGAUGCGUUGAGAGCGAAAAUGAAGGAUAAGAGACACCUUGAUGAACUAUCCUUGGCAUGGAGAGACGAAGGUACUAAUGAUGUUAUACAAAGUGGCGUCCUCAACAACUUGCAGCCUCAUCCAAAUUUAAAGCAGCUUACCAUCGAAGAUUAUCCCGGUGUAGCAUUUCCAGAGUGGAUAGGAGGACGUUCUUCACUCUCGAAUCUUGUCACCCUGGAGUUGAAGAGAUGUGGAAAUUGUUCAUCAUUGCCACCACUUGGGCAACUACCCUCUCUUAAACAUCUUUCUAUCUCAUUUAUGAGUGGAGUAGAGAGGGUGGGAAGGGAGUUUUAUGGGGAUGCUUCUUACUCCUUCCCAUUCCUACAAACUCUAAGAUUUGAGCAUAUGUACAACUGGAAGAAAUGGUUAUGUUGUGGAUGCGAAUUCCAUCGUCUCCAGGAGCUUUAUAUAAAGCAUUGUCCCAAACUCACAGGGAAAUUACCAGAAGAGCUUCCUUCAUUGAAGAAACUUGAAAUUGAAAGAUGUUGGGGGCUGCUUGUGGCUUCACUCCAAGUUCCAGCCAUCCGUGAAUUGAAGAUGUUGGGUUUUGGUGAAUUGCAGUUGAAAAGGCCAGCCUCUGGCUUCACUGCUCUUCAAACUUCACAUAUUCAAAUUUCAAAAGUGCAUCAGUGGAGGCAACUGCCAUUGGAACCGCACGAGCUCACAAUUACAAACCUUGAUGCUGUAGAGUCUCUACUAGAGGAGGGAAUCCUGCAAACCCGCACUUCUGCUAUGCAAGAUUUGAAAAUCUUGGUUUGUUAUUUUUCCAGACCGUUGAACAGAUUUGGUUUUCCCAUGGUCACAUUAAAAUCGCUACAAAUCUGUGACUGUAACAACGUAGGGUUUCUCCUACCUGAGUUGUUCAGAUGCCAUCACCCAUCUCUUGAAAAAUUAAAAAUCAUCCGUAGUAAAACCGAUUUAUCUCUCUCAUCAUCCUUCUCAUUAUCCUUCUCUUUAGCCAUCUUCCCCAGGUUGAUUCAUUUUGAUAUCGAUUCUGUUGACGGUCUUGAAUCCCUCUCCAUCUCGAUUUCAGAAGGGGAACCAACUUCUCUUCGUUCGUUGGAAAUUAUCCAGUGCCAUGAUCUCAAGUCGCUGGCACUCGCACUCGCACUCUCAUCCUUGCAGAGAUUACGCCUAGAAGAUUGUCCACAAUUGUUGUUUCACAACGAUGGUUUGCCCUCCGACCUACGUGAACUUGAAAUUUGCAGAUGCAACCAACUGACACCCCAGGUGGACUGGGGUUUGCAGAGACUGGCCUCUCUUACAAAAUUCAAAAUCAGAGGUGUAUGCCAGGACGUGGAGUCAUUUCCCGAGGAGCUCCUGCUUCCCUCCACACUCACCACUCUUGAAAUUGGAUAUUUUCCAUAUCUCAAGUCUCUGGACGGUAGAGGGCUUCAACAGCUUACCUCGCUCACACAAUUAUCCAUCCGUGACUGCCCUCAGCUCCAAUUUAUUCCACAAGAGGGGUUUCAACAUUUUCCUUCUCUUAUGGAAUUAGAGAUCGUACACUGCGCGGGCCUCCAAUCCUUUGGGGAAGACAUCCUUCGACAUCUUUCAUCUCUUGAACGAUUAUCCAUCCGUGGCUGCUAUGCACUCCAGACCUUGACAGGAUCGGGUCUUCAACACCUCACCUCUCUUAAAAAAUUGGGCAUCAAUUGCUGCCCUAAGCUCCAAUCUUUGAAAGAAGCGGGUCUUCCAUGCCUUGCCUCUCUUAAAAAACUAGACAUCUCGGGCUUACCUGAGCUCCAAUCCUUGACAGAAGUGGGUCUUCAACGCCUCACCUCUCUUGAAAAAUUACGGAUCUUCGACUGUCCUAUGCUUCAAUCCUUGACAAGAGAGAAACUUCCAGAUUCCCUCUCUUUUCUAAGCAUCGAGAACUGUCCUUUGCUGGAACAGCGGUGCCAAUUUAAAGAAGGGCAAGAAUGGGAUUAUAUAGCUCACAUCCCACAAAUAUACAUCGGUGUUGAGUCAGUCUAACGAAGGUGUUUGCUGCAGUAAUAUUUAGCCAGAUUCUUUGAAACCAGAGACCUGGAACAAAGAUUUGAAGAGGAGCAGGGGAAGAUCGAUCCCAGGCAUGGAGGAAACCAGGCACGUAUUCUAGUUAACUGCUUAUAAGGUGUCCUAAUCUUGUGUAUAUUCUUGGAGACUAGGGUGCACAACAUGCUCCGUUUGUUUGAUUUAAAAGUUUUUCCUUAAGCUAGCUGUAACAAGGAUAUGAAGAGGAGCAAGGGAAGAUUAACCACAGAUGGGCAACAUUUUGAACAAUUUGAGACUAGAAUCAAAUGUGGUUUCUGUCUAUUUCUCUUACGGAGGCACAGAGGAAAUGAAUAAGAUCUCUAAUUACAAGAAUUUCAGGUCACUGAUGCAUGCUCUGGUACUUUACUGAGUAUCACGAACAGUUCAUGGCUGAUGUCCCACAUGUAGUAAGAGAUGAUCUGGCUUUCUAAUGACGACGAUUGCACACCAAUUUACAGUCAGUCAGGUGCAUUGAGCAGUCCUACAGAUUUGGUUUCUUGAUUAGCAUUAUUGGGUUUGUUUUCCAUGGGCUAAAUCAUUGGGAACCACUUUUGAUUAUCGGUUUCUAAGGGGCAUUGUGUUUCAGAUACCUUCCACUUUCACCAGCCUUGUAAACCCUACUUAUUUGAAGUGAGGGUUUAGUUAUUAUGACGGCUCUUUGAAAUGGAAGGUGGAGUUAGGAAGAUGUGUCUGUUGUAGCGGCCAUGACAUAAUUGCUACUAAAAUUAAGAGAUAUUAUUCUUGAUGAUUCUCUCCCUCCUCCUUGAUGGGAUCUGCAAAAAUUGACUAGCUUGCACUUACUAGGAGUCCCCAUGGUGAAAGGCCCUGGAGAUUUUCUUGUUUUGCACCAAGUCAACCAGUUUCAAAAGACAAGCCAGUUUAAGUACAACAUCUUUGUGAUGCACCUUUGGAACUUUUUUCUUUCCUGAUUUUGAUGUCAUUUUCUUCUUGGUUUGGUCUUUCUUGGGUGUCAACAGUGACCAGGAAUUUUUGACAAAAUGGAGACUGCCAGUCUCCCUCUCUUAUUUGACGGUCAACUACUGUUGUUCUCUCCAAGAACAGUUCCAAUUCAGGAAAGGGAAAGAUGGGCAUUAUAUAGCUCACAUUCACAAAUGGAGAUAGGCCUAGUGCUGUUCUAAUGAAGGUGGUGGUACAUCAAUAUAUAACAAGCCAGCUUUCAUUUUAUUUGGCAGAUUGCACUUACUGGGAGUUCCUGUAACAAAAGGUUGUGGUGAUGCUUUAUUCUGCCUAAACAAGAGGAUCACUUACCAAAGGCAGGGGGAUAGAAUUCUAACAUCUUUGUUCUAUAGUUGCCACUCGCUUCUUUCCUAAUUUUGAUGCCAUUUUUUUAUUGUUUUCAUUCUGGUGUUUGUUAGGUCUUGAUUUUAGCAGGAGUAUGCGAAGAUGUUCCAUUGCUGUGGGGUUAUGGUCCUAGAAUUGAGAACGUUCUUGUGCUUCUAUCGGUGACCAUGGGCAUUGUUUCUCAUUGUUUGUAUCAACUAGAGUCAAUUGUUUAUUUGUAGAGAAAUAAUGUCCAAAGUUUUAAUGAAGGUUUACUCCAUGAGACUUGCAAGAAGAAUAUUGUAAUUAAAUUGAUCAUAUUUUGAGACUCUUUGUUAUUCUGUUUGCCAUUUUGAUGUCAGUAUCAUCUUGAAGUGGUGCAGUGCAGUUUCCUCAUUGAACUCUAUGAUUUUAUAUGGAAAAGAUGAUUUUGAGCUUA